AUGGAGAUGUCUUGGUGCUUCUCGGACGCCCGCGACGACCCCUCAAUCGGCGUCGUCAUCUUGACGGGCGCCGGCGACCUCGCGUUCUGCAGCGGCGGCGACCAGUCCGUGCGCGGCAAGGGCGGCUACGUGGGCGCCGACGGCGUGGCGCGGCUGAACGUGCUAGACCUGCAGAUGCAGAUCCGGCGGCUGCCCAAGCCGGUGAUUGCCAUGGUGGCCGGUUACGCCGUGGGGGGCGGCCACAUACUGCACAUGGUCUGCGACCUCACGGUGGCCGCGGACAACGCUGUGUUCGGCCAGUCCGGCCCGAAGGUCGGAUCCUUCGACGCGGGCUACGGCAGCACCCACAUGGCGCGCAUCGUGGGGCAGAAGAAGGCGCGGGAGAUGUGGUUCCUGGCGCGGCUGUAUGAUGCCAAGGAGGCGCUCGACAUGGGGCUGGUCAACAAGGUGGGAGGGGUGGCUUGGGCAUGA